GACAUUAUAAUAAGUAGAAACAAUUGCUAUAGCAGUGGAUAUUCGAUAAACAAACUAAAAAAUAUAUGUAGUGGGAUUGUAACAAAAUAUGUGAAGCAAAAUAAUAACUGUGAUAUUAUAAAUUUUAAUAUUAUAUACGAACUUUGGCUUCGCUGACCUCGUAUACAAAAAGUUGUUUUUACUUUUGUACAACUCUGUUUACUUAAAACGGGAAAACCUCAUUAAGACUAUAAUAACAUAUAUGUACGUCUAUGUAUAGUAUAUAUACAUCAUAAAAUCCAUAAAGCGUUAGCCAAUUGUACUAAGUCUGGCUGUGAUUAUAACUAAACAAUUUAUGAGAUGUGCUUUAAGACUUUGUGCAGAAAACUGUUUAGUUGUUGUCAUUCUGGAAGGAAGGGUGGUUUGAAUGAGGCUUCCUUUUAUGAAUACUCCGAUGCGCAGCCCAAGUAUUGUACCGAUGAAAUUGGCCAACUCUGCGAAGGCGUUAGCUUUACCUUUACCGGAAAAAUUGCCAUCAACUGCGAGCGAUUUUCCAUUAAUUUUAUGUACAAAAAUGAGACGCGGGAUGUCGCAUUACACAUCAACCCCCGCCUUCCUCAAAACUAUAUUGUACGCAACACCAAAGUCCAUGAUGUUUGGGGCCGUGAGGAAGUGUCCUCAGCGCUGCCGUUUUUACUCCGCCGUGGCGAUAGAUUUGCUAUUCAAGUAUUCAUUACGGACGCUUGUUACAUGAUAUCGAUAAAUGGUCAUCAUUUUACUGAAUACUCGCACCGCGUACCCUACAGCGGUGUUAAACAUCUUGAAGUCAAAGGUGACGUGGAGGAUGUGGAAAUGCAGCGUACUAUAGUUCAGACUUACCCGCAACGUCUGAAAGAAUCGGCGGCAAGAGUUAUAGAGGAGCAUCUUUCUGCAGAAAUGGACGAGGUUGAUGCCAAUGCUGAGGAGAUUAUUAGUAUACCCCACGAGUGGUGUUUAAUUAGCGCGCCCGCUAAAAUGUCGGACAAUUCAUCAAAAACCAGCCACGAUUCUGCAGAUCAAGGUCUUACGCUUCCAUAUUACGGAGCAAUUACACCAAAAUCAUUAAAAGAAGGCCGUUGCUUAAAGAUUGAGGGCCGUGUACGUCUGUUGCCACAUUCAUUUUACAUCAAUUUGCAGCAAGGUCAGAAUAUUUGGCCACAUCCCGUUAUUGCAUUCCAUUUGAAUCCACGCUUUUCGCAAACAAGCAGUGGUGCCAUAGGCAAGGCGGUAGUCUGCCGUAACGCUUGGUAUGAUGGAAGUUGGGCUCAAGAAGAACGGUCCGAGCUGGACACAAAUUUAAGACCGGGCCGCACAUUCAGCUUAGCAAUUGUCUGCUCCAAGGAUUCUUUUGAAGUCUAUGUUAACCAUAAGUUUAUUACUGAAUUUAAGUUCCAUGUUAAGCCAGAUAUUGUGGAUACGGUAUACAUUCAGGGUGAUUUAAAGCUCUGGAAUGUGACACUAGAACCAAAUCCAAUGAUUAAGGGCAAAAAUGUGCGUAUCUAUCAUAAUCCUAUUUAUACAGAAGAGUAUUAGGUUAUGAAAUAUGUGGCACGUCUGAACCUUUUUUGUUUUUUCCUUCAAAAGCCUAAGUUAUACCAGUUGCCUUUAGUGACAAUAAUAAGAUUUUGAACCAUUUCGAAAAUGUAUUUUUAAAUAAAAUUAUCUAAGCAAAAUGUGUGUAAAAAAAGCAAUGUGUAAGGAUGUUAGUAAAAUUUGUUAUGUGAGCCAGAAUAUCAAUAUUAACCAGCAAUUCGCUAAUCUUUUUAUUUUACUUAAAUUGUGAAUUAUGAAUAAGAUUUGAAACAAUCGGUACUCCUUGUUAAUACUGUUAUCAUUUAACUUGUGAAAGUAACACCAAAUCUAGUUUUAAGAAUUAAAACACAAAUAACCAGUA